AUGGCAUCACCGCCGCCGCAGACUUCGCCCAAUUUCUCUCCCGUUCUCUCCAUCAGACAGCUUGCCCUCACGCACUGCCGAGAAAAGAUAUUCGUGACGCCCUUGUUUUGGACCAACCGACAGCUCGAGCUGUUGCGAUGCUCCUUCAGCGACGCUGCUCCCGCUGCUGGGCCGCCGACGUCGACGUCAUCGAACGGCACCGGAGACGGCACCGCCCCCCAGCACAACAACACGCGUACGCAGGAAAACUGGCGCAUGGCCGAUCGUGCCAUCAGCAUCCUAGGCCUCCUGGCAGAUUCGAAUGAUCCGUUCAUUGAUCGAAAAGACGUCCGCUUCUACUUCAACGGACGCAGCCGUGCCAUCCUCAAAUGCGUCCUUCUCCUUCCCCGGGGUGAUUCCGACAGGCCCGUCCCGGGCGCGGCGCCCGUCGUCGCCUUUGCCGACCACGCUCGCCUCAUGGCCUUGCGAUCCGACGUCCUGAGCCCCAACAUGCUCGAGCGGCGGGCACGCAACAUUGCCAUCUCUCUCUUCAAGCUCAGGUUGAAAAGCAUCACGCCCAAGGAUCCGCACCAUGACCCGUACAUAGUCGCGCUCCUCAUCGCCGUGGCGCAGCACCAAUACAUAGCAGCCUUGCAUCAGGCCGACACGGGACAGUACGAGAUUGGGCCCCUCACCUUUUUCCCCCAGGUCUUGUUCUCCUCGCCGGACAGGGACCACGUGCAUCACUACACGGCCGAGAUCCCCUCGUCGACCCUCGACCAGCUGAACAGGCCUGCCGUUCCACCCGUCGAACAGAUAUCCAUCCCGGUUCAGGUGACUGCCAUUCCCUACGAGCCAGAAGGAACUCUCCGCGCCCGCCUCUUCGCCGCCAUCCUUCCACCUCGGAGCCAGAAACGGGAGAAGCAGAGGCACACACAGGCCAAAGUGCCGUCGACGAAACAGGAGGCUGUGGAGGAGGACGGUACGGGGUGGCGACCAAUGAAGGAAGCAGCGGUGGCAGCAUGUCCCUCGUCCUAG